AUGGGGCAAGCCAAAGAAACCUGGACCAAGCCAGCUACAGGAUACCUACACCUGGUAAGGAAAUUGAGAGCAGAGGAAGAAGACCUUUCCACUCCCCCAGGGAACCUCUGCACUCAAGAGUUCCUGGAGGCCAGAGAGGUCUGUGGGGCCCUCAAUGUCACCGUGUCCCCAGGGCCCGUGGUUGACUACUUGGAGGGGGAAAAUGCCACUCUUCUCUGCCAUGUCUCUCAGAAGAGGCGGAAGGACAGCUUGCUGGCUGUACGCUGGUUCUUUGCACGCCCUGACUCCCAAGAGGCCUUGAUGGUUAAGAUGACCAAGCUCCGGAUAGUGCAGUACUAUGGGAAUUUCAGCCGCAGCACCUAUCGGCAGAGGCUGCGCCUCCUGGAGGAGAGGCGUGGGGCACUCUAUAGGCUCUCCAUUUUGACCCUUCAACCAGCGGACCAAGGACAUUAUGUCUGCAAAGUUCAGGAAAUCAGCAAGCACAGGAAUAAGUGGACGGCCUGGUCUAAUGGCUCCUCAGAGAUGGAAAUGAGAGUGAUUUCUCUCAAAGCUUCAGAAGACUCAUCCUUUGAUAAAAAGAAAGCGACUUGGGCAUUUUUCGAAGAUCUCUAUGUGUAUGCCGUGUUUGUGUGUUGUGUGGGGAUUCUCAGUGUUCUGCUCUUCACCCUGACCAUCAUCUGGCAGUCGGUGUUUAGCAAGAGGAAAUCCAGAGCGAGACAUUAUUUGGUGAAAUGCCCUCAGAACAGCUCGGGGGAGACUGUCACCAGCAUGACCAGCUUGGCUCCGUUGCAGCCCAAGAAGGGGAAGAGGCGGAAGGAGAAGGCUGAUAUUCCUCCUGCAGUCCCUGCCAAAGCUCCCAUAGCUGCCACGUUCCAUAAACCGAAGCUGCUGAAACCACAAAGGAAAGUUGCCCUGCCAAAGAUUGCUGAGGAAAACUUGACCUAUGCUGAGCUGGAGCUGAUCAAACCCCACCAGGCUGCCAAAGGCAUCCCCACCAGCACUGUCUACGCCCAGAUCCUCUUUGAAGAGAACAAGCUGUAA